AGUAAACAAACCACAAAGCCUCCCAACAAUGCAAGUCAAAGUCGCAAAGACCACCCUCGUGUCCCCCUCCACACCACCCUUCCACCAAGACCAUGUCCUCUCUCUCUCCCACCUCGACACCGACCCCAACCUCCGACUCACCUUUCGUUACCUCCGCGCCUACCUUAACACCCCCGCCACUCACCCUAACCCACCCUCCGACCCCUCUCACGUCAUAUCCAACGCGCUCUCCUCCGCUCUCGUCCACUACUACCCUCUCGCCGCCACCCUCCGCCGCCGACCAGGCGACCACCGCCUUGAGGUGUUUUGCACUGCUGGCCAAGCCGUCCCUCUUGUUCAUUCCACUGUCGACUGUACGCUUGACUCGGUGAACUACCUCGACGACCCGGAUGCGCAUUUUGUGGAACAGGUGGUUCCUGACCCGAGCCCGGAGGAGGGGCUGAUCAACCCGUGUGUGCUACAGGUCACGGUGUUCAAGUGUGGGGGUUUUACUCUCGGAGCUGCGAUACACCACUCGCUGUGUGAUGGACUCGGCGGGACUCAGUUCUUCAAUGCAAUGGCUGAGUUGGCUCGGGGGGCGAGUCGGCUGUCGGUUGAGCCGGUGUGGGAUAGGGCGAGCUUGUUGGGGCCCAGAGAGCCGCCCAGAGUUGAGGUUCCGAUCCAUGAGUUUUUGAGUUUGGAUAAGGAGUUUUUACCGUACAGCCAUGCCAGUCUUGGUCAGGUUGUGAGGGAGUGGUUUCAUGUAAGGGACGAGUGCUUGGACCUUAUAAAGACGAUGCUGUUUGAGCGGUCUGGGUUGCGAUUCACCACGUUUGAAGCUUUGGGUGCUUUCAUAUGGCGAGCCAAGGUUAAAGCCUCCGGGGUUCCAGGUGAAGAGAAUGUGAAGUUUGCAUAUUCAAUCAAUAUACGGAAACAGGUAAAGCCACCAUUACCUGUGGGUUAUUGGGGCAAUGGUUGCGUUGCAAUGUACGUGAAGCUUAGCGCCAAAGAGGUGGCAGAGAAACCCAUUUGGGAAACGGCGGAGCUGAUCAGAAAGAGCAAAAACAAUGCCACCGAUGAAUACGUUCGGUCGUUUAUUGACUUCCAGGAUCGUCAUUAUGGCGACGGGAUCACGGCAGGAAAAAGAGUGAGUGGAUUCACAGACUGGCGGCACUUGGGCCACUCAACGGUGGAUUUUGGCUGGGGUGGCCCUGUGACUGUUUUGCCGCUUUCAAAUAACCUUCUUGGAAGCGUUGAGCCUUGCUUUUUCUUGCCUUAUUCCUCGGCAAGUGCCGGUAGGAAGGAUGGUUUCAAGGUGUUGGUGACUUUAGAAGAGAGUGCGGUGCCUGCUUUCAGGGAAGAGAUGAGCAAGUUUAGCAGCCCAGAAUUUGGGUGGGCUUGAUGGCAAGUUCAUGUUGUGGUUGUAUUUUAUCGGGAAAAUACACCGACUCUGGAACUGACAUUCAAUUUGCAGUGUCUUGUUAAACUAAAGAUGACAUUAAUGUCCUCUUUCAAAUUAUCAAAAACAAAAAUUUGCAAUGUUA